GUUCUAUUCCUGGCUCUGCGCUGGCUGGCGGGCCCCCCCCCCGUGCCUCGAUUUCCCCAGCGAUAACCCCAGUGACUAGCGGGGCGGGUCACAGCCCGGGCCUGGAGCCGAAGCUCCGCUCCACACCCGGACUCCCGGCCUCGACGCCCGAGCACCUGGCGGGGGUCGGAGGGAUGUGGGGCAGCCCGGCCCGAAGGGGUUAACCCCGCAGCGUCACAUGGCCGGGUGGGGACCCGCCCCUCGCGGGGGUGUCGGGACGAUCCCACCCGUGAUCCGUCAGCGCCCGCGAGCGGCCGCAGCAUCCCUGAGCCCGGCGGACCCCCGCUCCACCAUGGCGGCCCUGCUGAAGAGCCUGGUGGGGGCGUCGGAGAAGGCGGCCCGCAUCGCCCAGCUGUGCCGCCAGGAGGAGGCGCUCUUCCAGCUGCUCAUCGAGGAGAAGACGGGCACGGACAAGAACAAGAAGUUUGUGCAGGAUUUCAAGACGCUGGCAGACGUGCUCAUCCAGGAGGUCAUAAAGCACGACGUGGGCAAGGAGUUCCCGGAGCUGCACGGGCACAUCUGCGGGGAGGAGUCGAACCAGUUUGAGAACAGCCUGGGAGAGACCCUGGAGGUGCAGGUGUGUGCGACCCAGCAGGACACGGCCUCGCUGCUCUUUACAAUCCUGGACCGGAACCGGCCGGCGGCCGAGCUGCUGGCAGCGGCCAUCCACCAGGAGGUGGUGCUGCAGGACCCGGCGCUGGACGCUGUGGCGCUGGCAAUCCCCCCAGAGAGACUGGCCAUCUGGAUUGACCCCAUCGACUCCACCAAUCAGUAUAUCCGUGGCCAGGCCAGUGUGGCACCCAUCGGUGGCAUCUGCCCGUCCGGGCUGCGCUCAGCGCUGGUGCUCAUCGGGGCGUACGACCGCAGCUCGGGAGACCCGGUCCUGGGGGUCAUCAAUGAGCCGUUCUUCCAAGAGGACCCCCUAACCCACAGGUGGCAGGGUGUCUAUCACUGGGGCAUCUCAUACCAGGGCACCAGCCUGUCCUCGCUGCGCCGGCCCCCGCUGUGCCCCGAGCCCUCCGUCGUCCUGAGCAGCAGCGAGACGCCCGCGAUCCAGCGGGCGCUGAGGCCACUGUACGGGGAGCGGCUGCGCUUCGCCUCAGGUGCCGGCUACAAGAUGCUGUGUGUGAUCCUGGGGCUGGCCGAGACCUACAUCCUCUCGGAGGGCAGCACCUUCAAGUGGGACUCGUGCGCCCCCCAUGCCAUCCUGCGGGCCCUGGGCGGAGGGAUGGUGGACCUGGAGGCUGCCCUGCAGGCCUGGUGCGCUGGCCAGCGGGGGGCGCUGCCGGAGCUGACCUACCACCAGCCUGCGGGGGACGCCGUGGGGGCCGAGCGCUGGGCCAACCGGGGGGGCCUGGUGGCCUUCAUGCACCGUGAACACCUGGAGGUGGUGAUGGCCACGCUGGCUACUGCUGCCCUGUGACCCGCAAGGGACUGCCUGGGGGGGGGGGCAGGCUGGCACCAAGGGCGCAAAGGGGUGAGGUUGGAUGGGGGUAGGGGGCUGCAGGCAGCUACCGCUCCCGUCGGGUGCCGCAGACCUGACGCAUGGGGCAAAGGCCCCACCCCGGAGCCUUCCAGCCCCCACCCCCCCACUAGUGCUGCGGGCGCUGUCUGUGCUGAGCUUGCCCGUUUGUGCCAGCCUCCGUGGGGGGGCGUUGCCUGGCCCCCAUUAAACAGUGCGUUUCGUUUCCCA